GACGACUAUAGGGGAUCCCAAUUAGCAACUUCCCAACUUCCUUCUCUCGCUGGCAGUUCCAAAAAUCGAGAAUCAAAGUCCUAUAAACAGUUUGGUCAACACAACCAAUUCUUUAGAUCAAAAGAAAGGAUAUGGAGAUUUCAUCGAUAUUGAGCACUAGUACUACUUAUACCCCCACCUCAACUGCUGAUUAUCAUGAUCCCAGUCAUCAUAUUUCUACCAGAGCUAGUCAGACUUCAGUAACCAGGAGUAUAAGCCCCAAUAUUAGUGAUCAUCAUGAUAUUGUUAGAGACAGGACUGCUAGUACUGGUGGUGGUGUGACUGAUCUUGGACUGGAGGAGACUGCAGGAGAUUCAGCUUCCACUAGAGGUCGACAGGAUGCGGAUGCGGCGCAAGUCCGACCAGCAACAACCACCUCAACCAGCUCCACUCCGAUCCUCAGCACAACCUCACUCCCCUCGAUGGCCGAAGCAGCAGCAGCAGCAGCAGCAGCAGCAACUACGGGCACAGCAACAUCCUCAUCCCCAGCAAGGGACAUCCCAGUCAACCCACUCCUACUAACAACCAACAACAACAACAACAACAAUAUCGAACCAAUCCCAUUGGACCCUUCACUAUUCUCAACCGACUCUACUACUAACAACAACACCAAUAACGAAAAUGCCAUCCCACCAUCAGAACGAAUUGCAACUCAAAUCGAACAACAACAACAACCAUCCUCCCCGGCAAUCUCAUCCCAUGGUCAAAUCGGAACUAGCAACUCAAUCACCGCAGAGAUGAUCGAACAAUCACUAACACCAUUCCGAGUUGGAAAGAACUGGGCCUGCCGGAUCUGCGGACGCCAAUUCACUCGAAGGUUCAACUGUACCACUCACGAACGUACUCAUCUCGACCUCAAGGAACGUGCCCAGUUCCAGUGCAGACUAUGCGAGCGAGCAUUUACCAGGAGACACGACCUCGAACGACACGUCCAUUCCGUCCAUCCCGGUCAUACCGUCCAACGAGACUCAGACGGCACUUCUCCACUGAUCAUCAGCCAAUCUGAUCAAAACAUCUUCGACCUCUCAGCUCUCAAUCAGGCCCAAAUCAGCUCACUCGACCACCACCACCAUCAUCAUCAUCUCAAUCAAACCGAGAUCCCCCGGUCGAACUCGGACGAUAACAGAUUUGAUCGUACCUCCGAUCAUGUUCGGAUCCUAAUGAUUGAGCAACCAUCUGGAUCACAGACCGAUCUGGUCAAAAGUACAACCCUGAUGUCACAUUCACCAUCAUCACCAUCAUCAGUCACAGCAACAGCCUUACAACCCAGCACAACGACCAUGGCUCUCAGUGAUCAAACAAAUCCACCCACGGCCAUCUUGACCUCCGGCUCCAUUAGAGGGAUCUCACAAGGUAUCGAGCGAGUCCCAUUGGAUCAGAUCACCGAAUUCAAUCCGAACCAGGAACCAAUCUUCAAGUUCGAUAAGAAGUGGGCCUGUGGGACGUGUGGUCGGAUCUUUGUCCGUAGAAAUAAUUGCAAGGCGCACGAGGCUACCCAUCGAGACAUCCGAGAGCAUCAAUGUCCCACUUGUUCGCGAUCCUUCUCUCGUAAACACGACCUCGAAAGACAUAUGUCGGCCGUCCAUCCUGGGGUCGAAUUGUCCGAUGGAGAAUACGAAUCGAGCGAUCCGAAUGCGAGUCGAAGAAAACGGAGGAAGCAAGUGGCUCAUUCGGAUGAGUGGACGGCGAUUGAUCCGUUCAUUCUGAGCCUAGGGGAUCGAUCGCGAUCGACGAGUCCGACGAAAGGAGGUCCAGUACGAUGGGAGGACAAUACGGGAGGUGAUGGAGAAGGCGGGUCGAGCGAGUUGGGGAGUGCGCGCAUGCACGGUCGACAACAGCACCAUCCGACGCCGCCUCCGCCGACCAGGGUGGCCAGAGCGGCGAGCAGAUCGGCCAGAGGCCAUGGGGACGAGAACGAACUCGCUGGGAGCCACGUGUCUGCCCGUCGUCGGCCCAUCCCGCCUCCCCCUCCGGCCGCUAGUCACUUCAACAUCUUCGAAACCUUCGAACCUGUCGGCUCCUCCGCCCUCUCCGACUCCAACUCUCACGCUUCCCCGCCUGCUUCGCUUCAUAACCCGCUCCCCCCACCCACCAUCCCUACCUCUACAACCAUCAGACCAAUCACGGCAACUGAGCUCGGAGCGGAGAACUUGUCCGAGCAGGUCAUUCAACUCGACCCUCGUUUAUUCGCUUGAUCUUGCUCUCUUUUGUUCCUAUCUUCUCUAGUGUUGUACUUCAACUUGAGCUGGCUGUAUUCUUUCUUCUUCCCUUUCAGGUUCUCCUUUUUUGAAAAAAAAACUAUCAUAACAUCACAUAUACAUCUAUGGUAUGAACGAAAACAAGUAGUUUCCAAACAAACAAUGUAUAAGCCCCUUCAACUACAUGUCUUGAGAUCACCACUAACCUGG